ACCUUAAUAUAACAGAUUAGACACAUAGAUAUUGGUUCAAACCCUAGCAGCGCCCACCUCCGACGCAGCGAAGCUUUCAGCUUUCAUUUACCCAACAAUGGCUGACGCAGAACACGAUGUGGCGGCAGGGCAGCCAAAGAAGAGAACGUUCAAGAAGUUCAGCUUCAGAGGUGUGGAUCUUGAUGCGCUCCUUGAUAUGUCCACAGAUGACCUCGUCAAACUCUUCACUGCCCGAGCUCGCAGAAGGUUCAAGAGGGGUUUGAAGAGGAAGCCUUUGGCCUUGAUAAAGAAGCUCCGCAAAGCAAAACGUGAGGCUCCACCGGGUGAGAAGCCAGAGCCAGUGAAGACUCAUUUGAGGAACAUGAUUAUUGUUCCUGAGAUGAUUGGCAGUGUUAUUGGAGUUUACAAUGGUAAAACCUUCAACCAGAUUGAAGUCAAGCCAGAGAUGAUUGGGCACUAUUUGGCCGAGUUCUCCAUCUCAUACAAGCCUGUCAAGCACGGUAGGCCAGGUAUUGGUGCUACUCACUCGUCAAGGUUCAUCCCUCUCAAGUGAUACAACUCCUCAUAUCCAGAUGCUUUUCUAGUGGUAUUAUCAAAUUCUUUACAGUUUUGUUCAAGAUGUGUAUGUGCGAACCCUUUUUUAGUUUGAGUUACAGACAAGAAUUUGCGGACAGGCUUAAGUUUAAUGAAUCUUUAUCUUGCAUUUUAUGGAAUGUUUUGCACAAUGCA